AUGCAUGUAUCAACAGCUACCAAAGAAAUUUCUGCAAAAGAAAAGAAAUCCUGCAAACAAACAAGAACCAGAAAAAAGUCUCCUUUGUCAUAUUUGUAUACUGGCCCUUUGUCACAGAUGGAAUUCUUACAGAAGAACACUAUAACUGGUAGCUGUAAAGAAACAUCACUAUCAAAGACAAGUUUUACAGAUAGUGGUAGUCAAGCAUUAAUUGCAUACAGACACUCUGGUAAAGAAGUCACAGAAGAAAACUACAGUACAAGUAAACCAUGUAGAACUAGCAACAAAAAGUGUUGCAAAUUAAGGAAAGAGAUUUCUUCAACAGGCUGCUUUGUUUUUUGCUUGGAUACCAUCUUUAUACAAGUUUUGAUACUGUUCAUCAUGUUAGUACAAUUAGUAAACUCUGCAAGUACUGGUGAUACUGGUUGUAAAGGUAGCUUCACUCUUCAAAUAAAAGCACCAGACAUCUUAUUGUCCUUGGAUUUGUCUGAGCAAUGUGAAAUUAAUGGUAUGACAAGAUGGGAAGGAGGACCUAAAGAAGUUUGGCUAACUGUAAACAACAGCACUAUUAAUGAUGACCCUAAAUAUCAACCCAUACCAAGGAAUGGCAUAUUUGACCUCCUUAUAAGAAAUGCAACAGCAGAGGACUAUAAUGCCACAUAUGUUUUCCUCAACAGAUUUAUUAAAAGGAAAGCGUAUCUUCCAGACUUGGAAGCUACACCUGGUAACCAGUCCUUCAUACCUUCAUACCAUGUAAUGGGGAAGAAGCUUGAGCUGCAUUUGCUUGUGCAAAUAUUUCCUGAACCAAGUUUUCAAAUUUUUUUUAUGGGAAAAAACUUAACAGAAUUCAUGAAGAUAGAUCUGCAAAAAGAUGGUUUAUUCUAUAAAGGGAAUGCUGAACUGACAUAUGAUCUCACAGAGAUGACAUGUAAUGGACAACUUCUAUUAAAAUAUUAUCUUGCGAGUUCAAGUGGACUUAUUUUCCAAACAACUGUAGCAGGAAACAUGUGUUCUGAUUCAGGAAAUCCAACAGUAAUCAUAGUUUCUGUGGUGGGGAUUUUUGUUCUCCUAGUUUUGCUACUGCUAGCAUGGAAGAAAAGGAAGAAAUGGAUAAUAUUUUGGCAGAUUUUAUCACCUCUAAUUUUGGGGAAUGACAUCCAGCUGGUUUGCACAGCGACUGGCAAAAAGUGCACUGGAACUUUUCAGUGGGACGGUGGACCACAAAAAGAAACCGGUUUUAUAACAUUUGAUAGUACUGUUAGUGACCUUUCAAAAUAUUCACUAGACCGUAAACAGAAAGGACACUAUACUCUAACUAUAAAGAAUUUGACAGAAAGAGAUUUAAAUAUUUCAUACACAUGUCAUUGUGGAUUUUAUCACUUCGAGAAUGUUCUACGCAAUGAAGCAUACAGUUUAAUGAUUGAGGGCCCAUUGAUAUUGCACGAAGGUGCCAAUUUGUUUGCUAAUACAUCCGUUUUAUCUGGAGGUAGGCCUAUCAAUGGUACCUGGAUUUUCAAACGUUUCAGCUCGACCAAAGACGAACAAAUUAACAUCGAUGAUAGGUUUUCGGAAACAAGAGACGAUAAUGGACACAGACUUCACAUUAAGUCGUUGGAAAGAGAAGACUUGAACAAGACUUAUAAAUUUAUAUAUCAGUCUCUUGUUUUUAGAAAAGAUUUAUCAGAAAGUAUUGUUUUGGACGAACAACAUAAACAAACGGGUAGGGAAAAAAUUAAGACAUAG